GUCUGGUAUGUGGAAGUGUUGUCUGCUCUGAAAGUGUCGCCAUCAAAGAAGAGUUUCACGUCUGGUUCGUCACUGACGCAGAAAACGUCACAGGUUUCAUCCUGCAGGGAGAUGUUUGCCACAGCAACCAAGAACUUUGUGGAAGAGGUGGAUCAUGGAGGUUCAUUGAUCCCAGUGUCCAGCCUGAACGACAGUAUCGCUCUUCUGACAGUGGUGGUGAAGCGCAAGCGGUACUGGUUCUGGCAGAAGCCCAGGCAUGUUCCUACUGAUUUUAGCCUUAACGACAUACUGACAGGAGACACACCUAUAACGCCAGUUUUCGUGGAGACAGACUUCAUCAAGUAUAAUGGGACAUACGGUGACCACAUUCAGGGAACGCUGGGUGCAAACUUUGUCCACACCAAUCUGAACCUGGAAGGUAAAGACUCUUCCAAACUCCAGUCAGCCUUCGGCAGUUUGAAAAAAGAGGAAGUGGAUGUACAGAAGCUGCUGCGAGACUCCAAAGGCAGGAUCUUGGACAUGUCCCAUUCCCUGGUCCAGCAGACAAAGGAGAAGCGCAGACAGAUAUUUGGGAUCGUAAAGGAGCGUGUUGUGACCACUCAGCCCUGUUCAGUCAUAGAGGAGGUACAACAGGGCGGAGAGUGUAAAGGAGUAUUUAGCCUCUGUGGGCGCAAGAGCCCAAAGGUUUCAGUCAUGGAGAACGGGAGCCUGAGCAAAGACAGUGAUGUUUCCAUGGAGAUCCCCACUCAUACCACCCUUGCCUAUGCCCUCAUAGAGCUAGAGAUCAAGCAGGAUGGACACUAUGAGCUGUGUCUGAUGUCAGACACCACAGGGGGCUUUGAAGUAGACGGCCCCGACAAGAGGCAACUGUUUGGUGGGUCUGGAGCAUCUGAAAAUAGCUGCCUUAGAGAAGAACUGGAGCGACUGAGUGAACAUUUCCAGGUGCUUUCUGCUCUUUCUGCCUCCACAAGGUCCUCCCUGCUGCAGCAAAUCACAAAAGUAAUGGAGGACCAGACGGCUGUCUAUGCACUUCAGAAUUUGCUGGACCAGAUGUGUCUGGAAAAGAGUCCUAACGUUGGCGAUGUUACGAUGACAGAGUCUCAAAAACAGAACAUCCAGGCCAUCCUGGGUCUCUUGGAGCAGUCUGUUAAGGUGGGGUCAGCUCGGACAGAGCAGUCCACAUCUGUCCUCAGCGCCCUUCACCUCAUUACCAGUGCCUUAGAUGAAAUGACAUAUGAUUGCCUUGCUGCCUUGUCAAUGUGUUGCAGUCCUACAGUGUUAAAGGCCCUGGAGCUGUUGGUGCAGUGUGUAUCAGGAAGCGGAGAGAUGCCUCAGAGCAGAGUGGGUCUGACAGAGGAUGCCUAUGUCAGGGCUGAACAUCUGUUUUCCUCCUCAAAUGCAUCCCUGAAAAGAGACGGCGACACAGUGAAGACAGAAAUAAAACACCAGCCAGGACACCUUCCUCUGGUGAUGUGUAUUGCUGUCAGAGGUCUUGCCUCACUGGCCCACUGAAGACACCUUUAUAUCCACCUUAAAUUUGAAAUACCACACUGGGAUGAGCUAGAUGGGACCACACAGAUCAAGUGUUAUUACUCUUAUUUGAUGCAGUGACCAAACUCUUAAACACUACUGCAUGUUGAUGUGGGGUAAUCAUAUAAAUACACUAGUCAGUUAAUGCUUUAAUCACUCAACAGACAACAUCAAUCAGUUUAUAGCUCAAUUCCUCAGUUUUGUACUGUUGGUUGAACAAAACGAUUUUGAAGAUAUCAGUCUUUUUUAUUACUGACCAAGAGACUAUUUGAUAAUGAAAUGUAUUGUAUAAUUUUAUGGUCACAGUUGAAUCCAGAUUAAUGUGCACAAUUAAUUGUGUGUCUGGAUGAAAAUAAGAAUGAAAAAGAUUCCAUGACAGGACUCCAACAAGUUAAGAACUCAUCUUGUUUUUGAAUAUUGCUAUCUCACAUUGUAUGUAUUCUCUCUUAAAGAAGCAUCACCUUUUAAACUUUUUUCUAAUGGAAGUGCAUUUUAUCAAUGCUAAGAAUUGUAUAUAAUUGGGCUCUUGGUCAGCAUCGUGGAGAUUUUACCACGACCCCUCCCCUUUGAAAAAUAAACUCUAAUCGUUUCCUGUAGGAAAUCUUAUGCUUUACUUUCUCAGCUGUUCAGCUCACUUACUCUGUUAAGCACUGUAAAAUGUUAAGUGAAAAACUCACACAAACUAUAACCUCCAAAAUGUUCAAUUUUUACACUUGUUUUUUAUGUUGCAACUAAUGACCUCAUUCUGAACAACUUGAAUAAAUUGAUUUCUCUUUGCAAACUUU